UGUGUUGUGUCUCUCGUGCUGUCGCUCAAUUGAGUAUACAUACGUAUAAAGACUUGAUCCACUCGCGGAUGACCUAGGGUUUGCCCAAGUGGCUGUGUUGCGUUGCGCGCCAUGGACGAUGAUUUCGAGAAGCAGCUGGAACAGGUGAAUCGUCUGCUGGCCAAGGAGCCACACAAUGUGGAGUACCAGGAAAUGGCCAAGCAACUGAGAGAGGUGAUCCAAUUGGCAAAACAAGUGGACGUGGACCUUGAUGAUGCAGAGGACCAGGAUCAGCAGCAGCAUCUUCAGCAACAUGUUUUGUUUUCCCUUCUUCCUUUUCUCCUCUCGUGCACUCACUCUUAUGGGCAGGAGGAGCAAGGAGAGCAGCAACACGAGGAGGACGAGGAGGACGAGGAGGAAGAGGCACAUGAAACUAUGGCGAUUGGAACCAAGGUGCAGGCGGUAUGGAGCGAAGACGGUGAAUGGUACAACGGCACAAUUCGCGCCGUCACACCAAAUGGAUACCUGGUGAUGUACGACGGGUGGAACAAUGAAGAGGAGGUAGAUGCCGCCAACAUUAGGCAAGUAAACCUUGACGACGACAAGCUUGUGGAGGCGGAAAGGGAAGCCGAGGCAACCAGGCAAGCCAUAAAGCGAAAGAUUGCAUUGGCAGCCGACGUUGGAGUUGUUCCUAGAGAUCUGCCGCAGAAGUUGAAGAUAAAACCUGACGACCCUGAGGAAAUUCGACAAGUCAAGAAGAAGAAGAUUCAUGCCUUCAAAUCCAAGCUUCGGCUGGAGCAGAUGGAAGUCGCCCAGAACAAGCGGCAGAAUGCUUGGCAGCAGUUCCAGACAGCCAAAGGCAAAUCAAAAAAGGUCGGCUUCUUUACAGGGCGCAAGAAGGAGAGUAUAUUCAAGUCUCCCGACGAUCCCAGGGGGAAAGUGGGCGUUACGGGCAGCGGUAAGGGGAUUACGGAGUUUCAAAAGCGUGAGAAACACCUACAUCUCAAAUUGGGUGUUGAAGGAGAGGUCGAUGAGUGAAGCACGAGUAGAAAAUUUUCUGAAAGAUUUCCUUCUCAUGGUCGGCAAAUUCUAGUUCCUUAGAGAGACGCGAUGUAAGAUCAAACUUAAAACUAUGUGACUCACGCGCUCGACAACUUUCUUUUGCGCCUUUUCUUC